AGAGCUUUUCCAUAUAGUUACUCGUUGCCCCCCAGAAGUCGGUUCAAUUUUAUUUAGCGGGUGACGGUCAAAGAGCAACGAAUCUAAAGAAGGGGCUAACAUGAGGGGAUAUCUACUGUUAAUUGCUUGCCUUAUGGCUGUGGUGAUGUUUGUAACGCUAACAGAAGGAAAGCCCAUCGCGGCAGCUGACCACAAACACGAAUCCGAGGAUAACGUUGGCGAACAGGAGGAACAGAAUGUAGAGGAUUCAUCUGGGUCAGGGAGUGGAUCUGGCGCAGGGAAAGGAAAAGACUGCGGUGGUUGUGGAGGUCAAUAUCCAUAUCCCCAGCAACCGUACCCCCAGCAACCAUACCCCCCACCAUAUCCCGCUCAGCAACCCUACCCCGCUCAGCAACCCUAUCCCGCUCAGCAACCCUAUCCCCAGCAACCAUACCCCCAGCAACCAUAUCCCCCACAAUAUCCUGGUACCUCUUGUGGAGGUUCCCCUUGUGGCAAAUUUAAGAAAGGCGAGGAGAAGAAGGAAUCGUCAAAAAGCAAGAAAAUCAGCGACGAGAAGAAGGGCAGAAAGGACAAGAAAAAGCAUCAUUAACCUGAAUUCAUCACCGUGGUACGUUGCAUAGAUGAAGCUUUUCACAAGGACAUGUCACAAAGUAUAUCGCACAAACACAAAUUGAGUCAUUUGUCCAACAAUGUGCUCAAGCCGACUUUCCUUACAAGCUUUCAAGUCUGCUCAUAGUUUAAGUGAAUAAAAGAUUCAUGAGAUAACAACA